GAACAGGGCACGAGAGGGAACGGUCUCCACGGUAACCGUGUAAGCCGGAAGUGCUGGGCUCGCUUGUGCGAGCAACAACAGCAGAUAAACGCAAAUUAAAUCUACGCUGCAUUCAGUUUAUACAAAUAAAGAAUGUAUGUGACGUCUCGGAGUGUUACGGAAAUGCAGGUGUUUUGUUAAUGAGAUUCCCCGACGUCAAGUUCCGUAAUGUCCAGGUCAGUGAUCGGUCCCCUGAGUGUAGGGGCCACCGCUCCGGAGUCUGUCUCCGUCUUGCAGCGGCGUCUUCAGACGGCGGAGCAGCAGACGGAGGAGUUAGUGAGGAGUCUGGUCUCUUUAGGAGCGUCUCCGGAUCAGCUGCUGGUGAACUCUUCCGGUCGGAGCUCCUCUAAGCGUCCCGUCAGUCCUCUGAACAUCCACCGGGCCCUGAGUGCCGCGGGAGAGGGUUUGCUCUGGAGACAGUGUGAAACGCUGGUCGCACGUGUGUGCAGAUUAGAAAGUGUGUUGCACGCUCUGAAACUCACCGCCUUCCGUCUGGAGACAGACAGACAGAUCAAUCCAUCACACUCGGAGCAUCUGCAGGAGCGAUUAACUGCACUGCAGGAGCAGCACGAGGAGGAGCAGCGCUCUGCGCGGCGGGGAGUGCUGCGGCUACAGGAUGAGCUCCAGCGGGCCCGUGAGCAGAGACGGGACGAGCUGGAGAACACCACCUCUGCUAAAAUGAAGGAGCAGAUGGCUCUGGAGACCACAGCAAUCUUGGAGGCUGAGCAAUCCCACAAUGCACUGCUGCUCAGAGUGCAGGAGAUGGAGAGAGUGGUGGGGAGGGAGAGAAGACAGGUGGAGGUUCUUCAAGCAGACUGUCACACCUUGCGUACUGAUGGACAGGCAAACAGGGCGGAGCUAAAGAAGAGGGAGGAGCAAAUUCUGGACCUGGAAAGAGAGUGUCGGGAGCUUCGGGACCAAUCGGGAGUGAAAGAGACUCUGAUAUCACAGCUGACCAAAGAGAUCAAGGGUGUGAAGACGGCUCUGCAGAAACAGCAGCAGGAGAACAGCAGACUCCUCAGAGAUGGACGAGACCUGAGAGCAGCUGCAGAUCAAGUCCAGGUGUUGAAUGGAAAGUUAGAGGUUCAGUGUUCAGAGCUGAGCGCCGCACUUCAUUCAUUAACACUGGAAAACACUCGACUGCAGACAGAGCAACGCUGCAAAAUUAAGGCGGAGCGAGAUCUCGUGUCUAAACACCUUCAGGAGCAGGAUCUGCUUUUAGACACAGCCAGAAGGAACAUCCAGGCUGAACUACAGGGCACGAUAUCAGAGAAGCUCGCCCUGCAGGAAGAACUGGAGACGCUGAAGGCGGAUCACGCCAAACUGCAGCAGAGUUCCGCCGUCGCCCUGGAGACAGCUGUCGAUCAUCAGCAGAUGCUGGAGCGCACCAUCGAGAGGCUCCGGGGGGAGAUCAGCUGUGCUGCGAAAGAUGGAGAGACCCUGAGAGAAGAGGGAGAGCGGAGGAAGAGAGAGAUGAACUCUGCAGUCGUUUCACUGGAAAAGCAGAAAAACAUUCUGGAAACGCAGCUGUCAGAGAUCAAGGUGGAGUUGACCAUGGUGAACUCAGCACUGCAGAAACAGAAGGAGGAGAACAAGGAUCUGAUGGAGAGCCUGGUAGCCUUGGAGUAUCAGCAGGUAACUCAUCGUCAGGUAGAACAGAUGCUCUGGGACUUGACAGACAACAAAAACAAACUGGCCUACGAGAAGGGCAAGUUGCAGGCACGAGUGCAGCAGAUGGCAGCUGACCUGAAGACAUUAAAAGCAGAAUGUACUCAACACUGUCAGAGCAACACUGCACUGCAGAAAACUUACACACAGGCGCAGAGAGAAAAUCAGACACUGAAAGAGCAGCUCUGCGCGCUACAGCAACGGCACGGAGACGCGAAUGAAGCCGCGCGGGCACUGGAGAAUGUCCUGGCGUCUCACGCACGUCUGCAGCAGAACGCACAAACGCUGCAUGCGGAGCUGAGAGAAAGAGAGCAGGAGCUGCACGCACUCAGGAGAGAGAGACUGCAGGCUGUAAAAGAGAUUCAGAGGCUUGAAGGUGAAAUAGAGAAUCAAAACAAAAGAAACACCGAAAAAGUUGAAUCUUUGCAAAAAGCGCUGGAUGAAGCUCAACUGGACAACGGCAAACAUGCCCGGAGUUUAGAGCAGGCCUUGCAGGAAAACCACACCACACGGGACAAACUAAACACCCUCGGCGAGAGGGAGGCGGAGCUUAAAGAGGCGAGGGCAGAGAUUCGGCGAUUGACAGAACGUCUAGAUGCGCACAAGAAACUGCUCAAAAGGGAAAAAGACUCUGGGAGAAAGUCAGCUCAGAGGCUGAAGAAGGCGCUAAAUGACGCAUCGGCAAAGUCGGGUGAGCUCUCACGGGCCAAUCGGGAGCUUCGGGAAACGGUGUCUGAGCUGGAGAUGCUUGUAUCUCAUCAGAAGUCUCAACUGAAUCAGUAUCUGAGCAACAGAACAGCACCGAAUCACUCUCUAAGAAUCCAGGAUUUGGAAGCAGAAAUUAAAAGUCUGGAAGAAGCAAAGGAUGAAUAUAAGAGGAAGAGUUGUGAACAGUCUCAGUCUGUGCUGCAGCUGCGUUCAGGGAUGCUUUCCCUCCAGUCUGAGCUGCAGUGUCUGUCCUCCACUCAGCAGGGGGAGCUACAGGCCGAGAGAGAUCUCAACCGCACGCUACAGGAGAGAUGUCAGCACCUGGAAGAGAGUCUGAAACGGCUCCGGGACGAGAGGGACGAGGCAGAAGUGAGGCUCAGGGAAGUUUGUUUGGAGUCACGGCAGAUCACAGAGAACAUGGAUGAGGACCACAGAGGGCUGUGCUCUAAAUCUGAGAGCUUUAAUGGCCAGACAGAGCCACAGAAACUCACAGAGAGCUUGCGCGGGACGGGAAAAGACGUCACACGGUUCUCUCCCGCUCAGACUCGUGUUUGCUUUUCUGACCCUGAACUGGAGCCCUGGGCCUCAGCUCUCCAGCGCUGGGAGAUCAAGAAAGAGCUGGGACGCGAUGCCAGCAGUCACAAACCCACAAGACCCGUACGUGCGCUGACCACCUGAUAACAGCGUCCGCGGAGAAGUCCGUCACGAACUCAUAGAUCAUGCACGUAAUCUGCUUGAGAAAAUUCAGCUGUCUACAGUAGGUGUGUUUGUAUGCAAGUACAUAUCAAGCGUAUUUAAAAGAUAUUUUGGUGUUGAUACUAAAAAGUGCAGGAGCAAAAACACAUUGUGUUUCUGUGUGUGUGUGUGUAGAAAGACAAAGAUGGUCUACUCAAAAAAUGAAGAGGAUACAAAACAGCACUUUAUGACAACGUGCCCUAAUUAUUCAUAAAAUAUUCAUGUUAAACAUGCUCUUUCCCUGCAGCCCACAACGACAUUAUUCAUUUGCAAUAAAGCAAGGUCAAACUCCUAUACCUGAAAUCCCAGAAAGUACUAAUAUAACUGCAAGGGAGGUGAGGUCUUGCUGUUAGAAAGGGACAACCUCUAUUUUGUCUGUAUAUUGAGUUAUUGUAUUUAUAUAAUUGUUUUUGUCGGUGUAUCUUUUUUUUUUUUUAAUGG